GCGGAGAGGCCACGGCGAGAAGGUGGCCAAGCCCCGGCGAAAGGCUCAGGAGACACCAGCCCCCCAGCGCCUUGGUCCCGGACCUCCGGCCUCCAGAUCCCUGCCAGCGGGGUGGGCGCCCCUCACCCGGCUGGGCGGCCGGGGCUCAGGGCCCAGCCAUGUCCGAGAUCCUGCAGGAGCUGCUCCGCGUCUCCGAGAAGGCGGCCCACAUCGCCCGCGCCUGCCGCCAGCAGGACGCCCUCUUCCAGCUGCUCGUCGAGGAGAAGAAGGACGGCGAGAAGAACAAGAAGUUUGCCGUGGACUUCAAGACGCUGGCCGACGUGCUGGUGCAGGAAGUCAUAAAGCGGCACAUGGAGAGCAAGUUUCCAGGCUUGGAGGACAAAAUUUUUGGAGAAGAAUCCAACGAGUUUACUAAUGCUCUGGGAGAAAUGAUCGUCUUGCGACUGUGCCCGACGGAGGGGGAGACGGCGGAGCUCCUGAGCAAAGUCCUGAACGGGAACCAGCUGGCGGCCCGGGCGCUGGCCAAGGUCGUUCACGAGGACGCCGCCUUCGCCGACCCGGCCCUGGAUUCAGUCCAGGUCACCAUUCCGCUCGACACUUUGGGAAUCUGGGUGGAUCCCAUAGAUUCCACGCAUCAGUACAUCCAAGGCUCUGCCGACGUGGAGCCCAGCCACGGAGUCUUCCCCCGGGGGCUCCCGUGCGUCACCAUCCUCAUCGGCGUCUAUGACCUGCAGACCGGGCUGCCCCUGAUGGGGGUCAUCAACCAGCCUUUCGUGUCGCAGGACCCCGACACCCUCAGGUGGGAAGGACGGCGCUACUGGGGCCUCUCCUACAUGGGCACCAACAUCCACUCCCUGCUGCCCCCGGUCUCCGAGCCGCAGAGCGGGCGGACUGGCCACCCCGGUGCCGAGGCCGCGGACACGGGCUCCCAGGCCCAGGGCGCCCACCGGUUCUCCGCGGUCAUCAGCGCCAGCGAACAGGAGCCGGUCCGGGCGGCGCUGGCGCGCGUCUGCGGGGGCCGCGUGUUCCGCGCCGCGGGGGCCGGGUACAAGGGCCUGUGCGUGGUCCAGGGCCUCGUGGACCUGUACGUCUUCUCCUACGACACCACCUUCAAGUGGGACUCGUGCGCGCCCCACGCCAUCCUGCGCGCCAUGGGCGGCGGCAUGGUGGACUUCCAGGGCUGCCUGGCCAGGGGCCCCGCCGCGGGCCCGGAGUGGCCGCAGCUGCUGUACCACGUGGGCAAUGAAGGCGCCAGUGGCGUGGAUCGCUGGGCCAACAGGGGGGGACUCAUCGCGUACAGGUCGCGCCAGCAGCUGGAGACAUUCCUGAGCCUCCUCGCCCCGCACCUGGCGCCUGAGGGGGCACCUGCACCUACACCUGUGGGCACACCUGCGCCUGCACCUGCGGAUGCACCUGCACCUGCGGAUGCACCUGCACCUGCACCUGCUCCUGCGCCUGCGCCUGCACCUGCAGACGCGCGCGCAUAGACAGCCUUCUCCCGCCCAUAGAAACCAAACUGUGACCCUGGGCCCCGCGUCUCUAUCGCCGGAAGGUAGCUUUGUCCUAUGGGUGGUCAGCCUUCAUCUCCCUCUUUGGAGGAGUAUUUUCCAUUCUGUGUUCAUAUGAUGUUAAUUUCUGUAAAUAAACGACAGUCGUGCAGCA